AUGGACUUUACCGAAAAGCCCUUUGCAAUCACUUACAUUCAAGCAAUAGAAGGAACGAAAGUCAUUUUCGACCACAUCAUCGUCUUCUGGUCUUACGAAGACGGAUUCUACAUUGAAAACAACAAAAGCAAGGAGACGCUCACGGAUCUGGUCUACUCGUUAUCGAAGCGAUUCACGUUCAGAAUGGAUCCAGAUGACGAUAUUGAAGAUGUAGUUUCGGUUCCAGACAUUCCAACAACUGCCGUUGUAAAAACGCCCCUGGAGCACCGUGACACAAGCUUCCUCGAACUCUACAAAUUGCUGGUCAAUUUCAAAAACCCUUACUACCACAACAAAAAGCUCGCGAAAGCGAACUACUAA